CCCCUUUACAGGAAGUGACUCCAUUUCCAGUGAAGUGAGAGAAAAAACAUCACUUGUUACGGAUAACUCAAGUUUAAAAGAUGUUACAGAAGGUACUGUUCAUUAAGCUGUUGUUGGUGCAUUACGCAACCCAGACUCCGUCAGAAAUUACUGCAGCCUGUGAUGAAGAUGUCCAGUUGAAGUGUUCAAGUCUUGAAAGUGGCCGCACAGAUUUCCUCUCAGUGACAUGGUACAAGUUGGACCCGAGUAAGCGUGGCAUUAUCAGGAGAGGUAAAAAUGAUGAGGCGCUGCAGAGCUACAACUUCACUCGGCCGGCCAGGUUUGGAGAGAAAUACAGUCUGCUGCUUCCCAGAGUGACGCCUGAAGAUUCAGGCACCUACGAGUGUUCCAUCAAUGCAAAUGUAGGGCGCCAAAAUCAGUAUGACAAAGUCAUCCUGAUUGUUAACGUAUGUGCGUCCCAAGCUGACCUGACAACAGUGACAAAUGUGCUGAACACGACUCAUCACGUCUCGCUCUGCCACAAUGAAGCUGAGGACCUGCCCGUCAUGUGGAGCAUUACGGGCUAUGUGGCAGUGGGCCUGGCCAAAAUCCUUUUAUCUUUAAUUAGCAUUUUGGUUAUUCGAGCUUUUCGUAUCAGGUCUUCAAGACAACGGCAGCGUAAGUGGUGAAGCUGACUGUCCGACCUUCAUGGAGAUCAUUGACGCAGACAAACAAAUCCCCCAAAUCACUUACAAGAUGAUUUUUUUAUUACUUAUUUAUUGUAUUUUAUUUGCUUUCAAAGAUAUUUGAGUAUUUUUCCAGUAAAUUGUCCUCAGAUUACUAAAAUGUAUCCUGUGCUGAACCAA